AUGUUUGUGUCCAGGAUUGCCCGUUCAACCAAGAUGAUGGUGGGCAUCAGCAUCAAGGAUAUCUCGGGUGCCAAGCAGGCCAUGCGUAAGGCGAUUGACAUUGCUCAGCCUGGUGACAAGAUUGUCGCGCUGAACAUCCCCAAGCUCGUCCCGGAGAUGAUGUUAUCUUCCAUGAACGACCCUGGAGAUGCCACAGAGGAGACUUUCGCAGCACUUGCGAACCUGCCUUCCAGGGCAGGCACAAAUAUGCAAGCGCAGAUCAAGGAAGCUGCCGAAGAGGAGAUGCAGAAAAUGGGAAAAGAGAUCUCCGUUGAUUACAAGGUGACCCAGCCUUCUGGUGAUGUCAAAGCCGGCAUCCUUGCGGCUUGCAAGGCUGAGGGUGCUUCUAUGCUUUUCCUGGGUCCCGGUGUGGGCGGGAAUGGUAGCAUUCCUCCUUUCUGCGUCGCUCAUGCGAAGGGCCUGACUGUUUGCAUAGUUCGUGACCACUUGGAGUGA